UCCGUUCCCCUUCUUCUCUAUAUGUACUGGGGAACUUACCUCUUCUCCUUCUCUGUCGCCCCAUCCUGACCUUCCCAGCCCCUCCUAUACCAACCACCACCACCAUUCCCAACUUGUAACUGUUCGUUAUCCCUGGCUACUGGUCCGAAGUUUUGACAAGCAAGAAAUUUUUAUUGAAAAUAUGAAACUUCCACCUGGAUCGUGUAUAAAAGUGCUGGGAGAUAUACUACCUAAUGCCAAGCUAUUUCGAAUUAACCUGGGCAAGGAUGAACUUAAUAUCGGCCUACACUUCAACCCACGCUUCAAGCCCCACUACCCAGACAAUGUCAUUGUCUGCAACAACUCCAAGCAAGGUAGAUGGUGCCAAGAAAUAAGGGAGAAGAAUCCCCAGUUUGUGCCAGGGCAGACAAUAUCGGUUUCCUUCAUCUUUGAUGGGAAGCAGUUUUUGGUAAAUAUGCCUAAUAACAAUCAGAUGACUUUCCCCAAUCGCCUUAACUUAGAAGAGAUUGACUUCCUGGGAAUUUAUGGUGAUUUCAAUGUUAAAAAGGUGGAUUUCGAAUGAGCUCUUCAAUCAAGCCAGAUUCAGACCACUCCUGAUUCUUGAAGCUCUCUUAUUCCUAAUAAAAUUGCUGA